GACUAAACAGAACUAACGCGUCGCGUAAAUUUACACACGCAUCGUGCUUUUGCAGUGAGCAUUUCUGUCCGUCAUGUCCGUCUAGAAUUUGACGAAAAUCUACGUUUUUAAACUUGCAGCUAUCUUGUGGUACAGACGAGGAGGUUUAUUUCUACUUCACCCUUUUCUAUAGCAGCAGAAUCUGAGGGAAUUCAUGGCAGAACUUGACCAAGCAUUUGCCAAGUCCGACACGGACAUGAAGGAGAACAUUAACACCAUGCAGGUGGAAGACAGCUCUGGGGUGGAGGAAGGUCAGAAUGGGACGGAUCUGAGAGGAAAGAAGAGGAGCCUUGAAGAUGAGGAUGAGGACAUGGCGGACGUUAGCGCCGAUGGCCAAAAGGCCAAAACCAAGAAGAAAAAACCCAAGCGCGCCCGGGGACCCCCCAUGCCCAAAAAUGCCCUCAUGCAGCUAAACGAGAUCAAACCGGGGCUUGUCUUUAAACCGGCGCUACAAGAGGGACCGGUACACGCCCCUAACUUUACAGUGGAGGUUGAGGUCAACAGCCAGACUUAUCACGGAAAAGGCCGGUCCAAGAAACUGGCCAAGAUGAAUGCCGCAGAGGUUGUACUGCAGUCGUUUGUCCAGCACCCGAACCCCUCGGAGGUGCUGAGGGUCGUAGGUCAGCCCAUGUUUAACUCCGAUUUCACCUCGGACAGUUUUGAGACCCCCAAAACCUUCAGCACCUUCCAGCAUCCUGACAAGUCCAUGACCCCUCCUCCAUUGCCGUCGCCUGGGAUAGACUACCCGGCUUCUUCCCCCAACGGGAACAGGAUGAGUCUUCUUGUCCCUCCCCCGGGCCCCCACAGUGGGGACAGCACCAAGAACCCGAUCAUGAUGCUCAACGAACUCAAGCAGGGCGUCAAGUUUGACAUGACGUCCGAAUCCGGCCAGAGCCACGCCAAGAACUUCAUCAUGGCUGUCACGGUGGACGGCCAGAAAUUCCAAGGGUCGGCCAGGAGCAAGAAACUUGCCAAAGCGCGGGCCGCACAAGCUGCCCUGUCCGCGCUGUUCAACAUUGCGCCGGCCACGGCACCAGGUCUGCAACCCAUUCCCAGCGACGGCCUGCAGCUCCACGUUCCCCAGGUCCUCGCUGACUUGGUCCAUUCCCUCGUGGAGGGCAAAUUUUCGGACCUGACUAACAGCCAGUCCAGCGGCGUGGCCAGGCGGAAAGUAGCAGCAGGCUUUGUCAUGACGAGAGGCGAAGGCAUCGAAGAUGCUCAAGUAAUCAGCAUCACCUCAGGCACCAAAUGCAUCAAUGGGGAAUACAUGUCGGACCAAGGUCUUGCCAUCAAUGAUUCCCAUGCUGAGAUCGUCUCCCGGCGCUGCUUAGUACGGUAUUUGUACUCCCAACUGGAGCUCAUCAGCCAAAACAAGGGAGAAAGUUCAAUCUUUGUGCCCAGUCCCUCAGGGAAGGGCUACACUCUCCAAGCUGGGAUCCAGUUCCACCUGUACAUCAGCACCUCGCCUUGCGGAGAUGCUCGGAUCUUCUCGCCCCACGAGGCCACAACAGGAGAGGACAACCCAUCCACAGACAAGCACCCGAACCGCAAGGCCCGGGGGCAGCUGAGGACCAAGAUAGAGUCAGGGGAGGGCACUAUUCCAGUCAAAUCCGGCCCAAUUAUCCAGACGUGGGAUGGCGUGCUGCAAGGGGAACGACUCUUGACAAUGUCGUGCAGUGACAAGCUGGCUAGGUGGAACGUGCUUGGCAUUCAGGGAUCGUUACUGAGUCACUUCGUGGAGCCCAUCUACCUAAACAGCGUCAUCCUGGGCUCUCUCUACCAUUCCGACCACCUGUCCCGGGCCCUCUACGCCCGUAUGGGCGCCUUAGAGGACCUCCCCCCAGCCUUCCACGUCAACCAUCCCCUCCUGAGCGGGGUCAGCAACACCCAGAGCCGAAUGCCGGGCAAAGCCCCCAACUUCAGCAUCAACUGGACUUACGCAGACGCGGAUCUGGAGGUCACCAACGCCACAACGGGGAAGCAAGAAGGCGGCCUGCCCUCGCGGCUCUGCAAGAGCACGCUGUUCGAGAAGUUCAAGGGUCUCUACGGGAAGCUGUCGAGCGUGGUGCCUGCCCAGCCCCAGCCGCCUAAGACCUACGCCGAAGCCAAGGCCCAGGCUGUGGACUACAGUCGAGCCAAGGCGGUCAUGGUGAGAGGGUUCGAGAAGGCUGGAUUGGGGUCUUGGAUCAAGAAGCCGAUGGAACAAGAUCUGUUCGAGUAAAACAAUACUCGUUUUUUUCUUCCUGUGUUUUUGGAUACAUUGCAUUUGUUUGUAAAUUUCUGAAGAUUUUUGGCUUUAUCUGAAGAUUUCCUGACUUCUCACUUGGAUGCCUUGGGGCCAAUAUGAUAAACUGUUGAACACAUAAAUUUGACUAGUUUAGAGACAGCCACUUUCUGCGGUGUCACCGGGCUUGCGCAAGUCGAGCUCAGGUAGUACGUACAUUUGUACACACUCUGGGCUCCUUUAACCAAUAGAGCUACCAAAAUGUGUGGGCACCUCAUCUUUA